AUUAAAAACCUUCAAACGUCAGAAAAACACAGCUGAAGUUAACUCAAUGUUUAUAAAAACAUAAACGAUUUGAGUUUCGACGUUCGUUUUAAGUGAACUGCUGUACCGUAGUUUUAGCUUUUGUUCCACAUUGAAUUUCCAGAGAGCUAAUUAUCAAAAAUGGGUAGAAAAACGUGUUCAGUGCUAUCAUGUUACAACAGAAAAGGACCGAACCGGCAAUUAUCCAUGUUCAGUUUUCCAAUCGAUCCGGAUUUAUGCGAAAAAUGGGUUGAAUUUUGUCAAACAGAUGAGCUCAAUUCUAAGUUAGUUUUACAAGGACCUGCAGCGCUACGAAACACGAGAUUCAUAUGUUCCGACCACUUCGAGAGCAUCUGUUUCAGAAAUCCUUGCAAUACCGCGCAGGGAUUACGGACGGGAAGUAUUCCGACAAUUUCACCAGAAUCUCUCCGCCAACGAACAGAAAAAAACAUGAAACCGAGUAUUACUAAAUCAAAGAUUACAAAUAUUCGCGAGUCCAGUAUCGCAGAAAUACAAACAUGUCAAAUUGAUCAAACAGAUUUAAACGGUAGCACAACGACAGAAAAUGAAGUUGCUUGCCAAUGUGCCGAAGUUAAAUCAUACAAAACGAAAUUGAUCGAGGAAAGAAACCGAGGCACUGCGUUGGUGAAAGAAUGCAAUAUACUCAACACGAAGAUGAAAGAGAUCAGAUCUUCCGGUAGAGCAUAUCGACGAGCUAUCAAAAGAGUGCAGGAUAGCAUCGAAAAUUUAAAAUCCAAAAUGAGACGGAUAGCAGAACAACGGAAUAUUACUCUUAAUUUUAGCUCCGAUGAGACCGAUGAAGAUAACGAGUCAGAAAUGUUAUAAUUUUCAAUAAACACAAUGAAAGCUGAUUGUAUACCUAAGUAUAUUUACAUUAUUUAAAAUAAAACUAUCAUAAAGCUA